AUGAUUUGGUCGUGGAAUAAGCUUAUUGGCGUUAUCUUAAUACUAAAUAAAAUGACAUCCUUAAGUCAAUGUUUUUGUGACUGGAGAGUUCCUUAUUUUACAGUGUAUUACCCGGAGGAAGGAGAAUCGUUUAAAGUCGUUGUUGUUGCUGCCAACAAACAUUAUACCUGGAGAAAAGACGGCAGACAACUAGCUAUUGAAACCUGUAAUGGACGCAAAGACCCCAACUGCACGCAGCCUAUCUAUUCGACUCGAGAUGAUAGUAAUGGCACAGCUGAUAGUAAUGCCACAGCUAACUUAAAUUUCAGGGAAAUUACACUUGGGGAUAGUGGUAAAUAUAUCUUGGAAUUGUUUUGCCGUGAUAAGAAUAUAACUUAUAGAAGACUAAAUUCGUUUGAAGUAAUUGUUCAAGAUAAACCUUUUGUCUUAAUCGAUUGCAAUGAUAUGACGGUAUACGAAGGUGACAAUGUUACUUGUGUGUGUAAAACUACUCCCCAAUACCCCACCGCUGUAGUGACAUGGCUUUGGAAUAAACAAGGGAAUUCAGGAGUGAAAAAUUUUACUGAUAUUUUAACACUGGAAAAUAUUUCAAGAAAUGAACGUGGAACAUAUACAUGCUUCGUUAAAAGUCGGAAUUUGGUAAACAAAACAUCGUUUAACCUUAAAGUCGUGCCCAAAAAUUCAACAGUUCAAAUAAAAUAUUUUAAUGUUUUUCAAGAAGUCGGGGCUAAUUGUUGCGAGCUAUCCUUGCUCUGUAAGGCAGAAGGCUUCCCAGAACCUAAUUACACGAUUUCACAUCGAGACGUUGCAGUAAAAUAUGGAAACAUGUACACUGUCGACACCAGUAAAAUUUCCAGUCUUGGACUGUACGAAUGUUUGGCAAGAAAUGGAGCGAGUUCCGACAAGCGUUCGUUGUUUAUGAAUGCAAGUUUACCUCUCAAGUCGUGUUUGGAGAAAGAAAAACGGAAUUCUGAAACGGAAUGGAAAAUUCGACUAAUUAUUGGAGCUUGUUCGUUCCUGACGGGAAUUUUAGUGUUGUAUGUUUUGAUGUGUUGUUGUAAGAAAUGUAAAAAGGAGGAUGAUUGUGAGAAUUCCGAAUAUGACGACGUGUGUCCCCGCGAGCCAGAGACACUCUCGCCUGCAAGUGAAAACCACAAGAUGCCAUUACCUUAUACAUCGGGUACACCUGGGGAAGAGCGUGAGAAUUCCGAAUAUGACGACGUGUGUCCGCGAAAGCAACAGAUACUGGCGCCUGCAUUGGAAAGCCAAAAGAUGAGAUUACGUUAUACAUCGGGCAGACCUGAGGAACAGCGUCAGAGCGCGGAAUAUGAUGAGCCUGAGGCAGAGCGUCUGAGCGCGAAAUAUGACGAGCCUGAGGCAGAGCGUCUUAGCGCGGAAUAUGAUGAGCCCGAGGCAGGAAAUAGCGACGAUCGUGUUUAUUACAAUGAAAGUAAUUAUCACAAAUUUAAUGCAACUCGUCAUCGGAAAGAGGAGAGAUAUCAAUUUUGA